AUGUUGAAACUAAUACCCCGUUCAAGACUCAUCCAAGGAUCAGCCGUACGGUUUGUACGGUUUCAAUCAGACCUCAUUAUCAAAGAUAAGUAUCUGAUACUCAGAGAAACUUAUGAUCCCACCAAAUACCCCAUAGUACUUUGCCAUGGACUUUCAGGCUUUGAUACGCUAUUGAAAUCUGACGCCAUCAAAGACUUACCAAAGAUUGACUACUUUAAAGGUGUUAAACAAGCCCUUGUUGCCCUCGGAUGUCAGGUGCACAUCACCCGGGUUCCUCCGUUUGGUACGAUAUCUGAACGAGCUCAAGCACUUUAUGAAUCUACAAAGGAUUUAGGUCCUAUAAAUUUGAUAUGCCAUUCUAUGGGUGGCUUAGAUGCUAGAUAUUUGAUUCAUAAAAAUCCCAAUAAUCAUGAUGUUAAAUCUUUAACCACCAUUUCAACUCCUCAUCGAGGUUCUGAGGUGGCGGAUUUUGUGCUAAACUCCACCUUACCUCCGCUUAGUUAUUUAUUGCCCCAAAGCAUACGUGAAUUAACUACAACUCAUAUGGCAGAAUUCAAUGAAAAGGUAUUUGAUGAUCCUAAAGUCUUAUACUUCAGUUAUGGAGCCCAAUUCAACCCCAAUUGGUUCAGUGUGUUCAUGCCAGGUUGGUAUAUCAUUAAAAUGUUACAUCCAACAAAGCAGUUUGCUAAUGAUGGGAUGGUAACAGUGGAAAGUUCUAAAUGGGGCACAUAUUUAGGAACGUUGGAUCAAGUGGAUCAUAUGGACUUGAUUAAUUGGACAAAUAGACUUCGAGCUUUAUUUGAUAAAGCAUGGUUCAAUACUGACCCCAAAUUUAAUGCCCUUGCAUUGUAUUUAGAUAUCAUGGAUAAUUUGUCUAAACGAGGUUUAUGA